CCUUUCAAAGUAAAAGGGAUGUAUCUCUCUCUCACGAACACGCACACACACCGCAUUGAGCCUGUUGUCAGAGACGACGGCAUAAAAUUCCACCCGGUUUCCUACAUGCGUGCACAAAGCUGUAGCUGUGGUAAAAUAUCACGAACGCCAGGAGCUCGGUUCGCUUCGUUGCGUUGCACGGGGACUCACAUGCUCAUCCAAAAGGCAGAGCCAGUCCCCUGACCAACAGACUAAUUCAUUUGAAUUAGUUAAUGGAUUUAAUCAUCGCCGAUGUCACGGGAUAUGUAACGGAUACGGGGAUUAAUAUUACAGGCACUGAGAGUUUACACCGCGCCCGGUGUACUGACAUUCUCCGCAAGGACUCGGUGUAUUAAACCGGUGCCUCGGUAACGAGACCAAGAGAGAACAGCAGUUAUUUCAGUGCGGCUAUUGUGGUAUGGUUCCAGGAUUUUAAUAGGUAGGCUAUCAUAAGGAUACCCACUGGGAGUCAUUCGAACAUAAAGCGCUCCUUCAAUUUUCUACGCCUGCUUCGCGGCAGCAGGUUGGGAUAAUAUCCACCACCACCAGGAUUGCACAAGUCUCCCAUUCACAUGGGCGAAGGCAGGGCUCGGUUCUGCUUUGGUUGGACCCGGGCUCGCUGUCAAGAACAAGACAAAGGUGUGUCGGACCCUGGGAGGGAGCCGGAAACGCGAGAGAGAUGGGCCGAACUGUUCGACCAACUGGACCUCAAUAAAGACGGUAAAGUCGACAUCAACGAGCUGAGGAUAGGACUCGCUGCCCGCGGUUUACUUCGCAGUGACGCGGAGGAGAUAGUGCGUGAGAGUGACACCAACCAUGAUGGCUUGCUGGACUUUGAGGAGUUCUCUCAGUACCUGUGGGCCCACGAAAAGGAACUGCGGCUCAUGUUCCACACACUGGACCGCAACCACGACGGGCGCAUUGAUGUCGGGGAGAUUCAACAAUCGCUGCACAACCUGGGACUGGAGGUGUCCACAGAACACGCCAUCAAAAUACUACAGAGUAUGGACAGGGACGGCACCAUGACUAUCAACUGGAAUGAGUGGCGAGAUCACUUCCUGUUUAACCCUCUUCACAACAUGGAGGGCAUCGCCCACUACUGGAAACACUCUCUGAUGUUUGACAUCGGAGAGCACAUGACAGUGCCGCCAGAGUUUUCCCAGCAAGAGCGCCAGUCGGGGGUAGUGUGGAGGCAGCUGGUUGCCGGGGCGAUGGCGGGGGCGGUGUCACGGACAGGAACCGCCCCCCUCGACCGUCUCAAGGUCUUCCUACAGGUGCAUGGCUCCAGCUCUAAGGGGAUCAACCUGUGGACGGGGCUGAGGGGGAUGGUCCAGGAGGGGGGUGUACGAGCUCUCUGGAGGGGCAACGGCAUCAACGUCCUCAAAAUAGCCCCAGAGUCUGCCAUCAAGUUCAUGGCCUACGAACAGAUCAAGUGGUUGAUCAGGGGCAGAAAUGAAGCGGGUACUCUGCGGGUGCAGGAGAGGUUCAUCGCUGGCUCUCUGGCUGGAGCCACCGCACAGACCAUCAUCUACCCUAUGGAGGUGCUGAAGACUCGUCUGACCCUGAGGAAGACUGGCCAGUACUCUGGCAUGGCAGACUGUGCCCGUCAGAUCCUGAGGAAGGAGGGGGUCCGAGCCUUCUACAGGGGCUACGUGCCCAACACACUCGGCAUCAUACCGUAUGCUGGCAUAGACCUGGCCGUCUACGAGACUCUGAAGAAUGCCUGGCUCCAGCGGUACUGUAAGGGCUCUGCUGACCCGGGGGUGUUGGUGCUGCUGGGCUGUGGUACUGUGUCUAGUACCUGUGGACAACUGGCCUCCUACCCCCUGGCCCUCAUUAGAACACGUAUGCAGGCCCAGGCCUCCACUGAGGGCGGGCCCAAGCUGUCCAUGGUCGGUCAGUUCAAGCACAUCAUAUCACAUGACGGGGUACCUGGGCUCUACCGCGGCAUCGCCCCCAACUUCCUGAAGGUCAUUCCUGCUGUCAGCAUCUCGUACGUGGUAUACGAACACAUGAAGAAGGCCCUGGGGGUGAGCUCGUAGAGAGAGGAAGGGAGAGAGAGAAGAGAGGGAUAUAGAGUGCAGCUCUUAGAUUUCAAGAUGGAGGAGAGGUAGACAGCAGUGGAUUGAGGGAGUGAGUGAGUCACAGCAGAAUCUGGGCCAUUCUUCUUCUUUGCUUAUGAACAGCAACCCCCAUUAUAGUCACAUCUCCACAGUAAGUCUGUGUGUUGCCCUCCAACCAAACACAGGGAAGCAUACAGUACAGUCUGUAGACCUAUAUGUAGGCACUUAUCUAAGGUCAGUGAUCUUCCUCCAAAUGACCUUGACAUAUACUGUAUAUUCGCUCUUUACUACACAUCAGAAUACGUGAGGUUGUUCCACAGUGUGCUUUUACCAGAACACUACCAAGCCAAAGUACCCCACUCUUUAUUUCAAUAUAGAUGUCAAAAGAGAUUAGAAAUGGAUUACAUGCAUUAUAUUUGUCUUCAGUUGCUAUUCUCAAAAACGUACAUUCUAAUGGGGAGUUUAUAAAGUUCUUAAACGAGGAAACAUUUUUCACGUUUACAUGAUGUAUUGAUAUAUAUUUUUGUAAGGAAAAGAUUCUGAAUACAUUUGGAAGAUAUACUUAUACAGGGUCUUAUACAGAGUAUUAUACAGAUCUGUUCCUCAUGAAUGGCUUUGCAGUUUUUUAAAAGGGAAUGUUUCUCCAAAGAUGGCACUUAUAUAUACAUACAGUCAAGUCCAAAAUUAUUGGCACCCUUGAUAAAGAUUAGCAAAAAAAUACUAAAUAAU